AGACAUACUGUGCAACUGUAAAUGCAGACAAUCUGGCUCCAUUUUCAAUAUGUGUGUUGUUAUUAUAUGACUGAUGAGAGAGAAGAACCGGAUACCGAGGUUAACUAUGCUGCGAAAAGAGUCUUUGAAAAGUAAGGGGGAGGAGGGAACGGACAGGUCACCUUUUUGGUGUGUUUUUCACAAAAGAGAGCGCGUUAACACUGUUUCUGCUAGAAGCUUCAAUCCCCUCCUCCUUCUCCUCUCUUUCUCUCUCUCCACCAACGGUGAUAUUGACAUGAGAAAGCUUUAACCACUCAACACCUCUCUCUCUCUCUCUCUCUCUCUCUCUCUUUUUCUGCAGAAAGAAAGCAGCAACAUGGUGGGUUUUCUGAAAACCAAAUGCGUGUUUCCUAUUCUCUGCCUCUGUGUCUUCUUCCUUCCCACGCUCUGCUUCCAUGCGGAGACCUUCUCCUUUGCAGGGGAGGUGAGUUUCAGCUUCGUUGUUCCACAAAGGAAAGGAGAAGAGGUGAGUCGUAGUUUGUUUGACACGGAGAGGAGGGUUUUGGCAGAGAUUGCGCCUUCUCCAGGGGAGGCUGUGAAGGAGAACAGCUCGUUCAUCCUUGCUGCGAAUCGAACUUACAGGAAGGACCCAUUGGACGGCUUCAAACGCUACAGUGGGGGAUGGAAUAUCAGCAGCAUUCAUUAUUGGGCUUCGGUUGGUUUCACCGCAGCCCCACUCUUUGCCAUCGCUGCUGCUUGGUUCGUGAUCUUCGGUCUGACACUAUUUUUCGCUGUUUGCUGCUAUUGCUGCUUCCCCGAGCGGAGACGUGGCUAUCCUUAUUCCAGAACGGCCUAUGCUCUAUCCCUCUUCUUCCUCAUCGUUUUCACCAUCGCUGCCAUCGUGGGCUGCGUGGUGUUGUACAACGGGCAGGGCGAAUUCCACAGCAGCACUACAAGUACCCUCAAUUAUGUCGUUGGUCAGGCGAAUCUCACAGUGAGCAAUCUGAGAAACUUUUCCAAUUACUUGGCUGCUGCCAAGACAAUUACAGUGGAUCAGGUCUUUCUUCCUGCGGAUGAUCAGAAGAAAAUUGAUACAAUUCAGACCAAGCUCAAUUCCACUGCUAAUGAUCUUGAAUACCAAACAAAACAGAACUCUGAUGGUAUUCGGAAGCUUCUAGACUCCGUGCGGCUUGAGUUGAUUAUUAUUGCUGCUGUGAUGCUCUUGUUGGUGUUCCUGGGGUUUUUAUUUUCCAUACUCGGACUGCAAGCUCUUGUCUAUAUCUUGGUGAUUGUAGGAUGGUUGCUUGUUACUGGUACGGUGAUCUUAUGUGGUGUAUUUCUUAUACUCAACAAUGCUACCUCAGAUACGUGUGUUGCAAUGGAUGAAUGGGUCAUGCACCCAACUGCUAAAACUGCUCUGGAUCACAUACUCCCUUGUGUUGAUAUUGCUACGGCCAAUGAGUCUCUUUAUCAAAGCAAGAAAGUUACCUACCAAAUGGUUAAUGUUGUCAAUCAGGUCAUUAUGAACAUCAGCAAUCAGAAUUUUGUUCCUUCUCUUUCUCUAUUUUAUUAUAACCAAUCGGGACCUUUGAUGCCCACUCUCUGCAAUCCUUUUACACCUGAUAUGAUGGACCGGCAAUGUGAAGCUGGUGAAGUAGACUUUGACAAUGCAACACAGGUUUGGCAAGGAUAUGUGUGCAAGGUUUCAUCAUCUGGAAUAUGCAGCACAGUCGGCCGAAUCACACCAUCCAUCUAUACUCAGAUGGCAGCAGCAGUCAAUGUGAGCUAUGGCCUGUACCACUAUGGCCCAUUCCUGGUGCAGUUAGAGGAUUGUUCUUUUGUCCGUGAUACAUUUUCUACUAUUAGCAAAACCAAAUGCCCUGGCCUGCGAAAAUACAGCGGUUGGGUAUAUAUUGGCUUGGUCAUGGUCUCUGCAGCUGUGAUGGUCUCCUUGAUUUUCUGGGUCAUAUAUGCUCGAGAAAGGCGACAUCGCAAGUUCAGUAAACUCCCUUAUCAGAUCCCUCAAGGACGGUCACCAAGGAAGGCUCCAUAGGUUCGACAUAAAAAGCCUAGGAAUUUAACACCAUUGAAUCUGAAAAUGCAAGGUCGAGGGCAUGUACAUAUAUAUUUGCUUCAGUGUGAUGGGUGCUGAGUUGUAGGUAUAAGAUGUGUAUUUUACUGUACCUCAUCUUCCUUUCAUAGUGUGCAUUAGAUAGUAUCUGUCCGUCGGACGAAGUCCCUGUGUCUGUCCUGUAAUGAAUGGUGUGGAUGCUGUGCUCAAUCUUGUGGUAAUCUGGAAGAUUAUGGCAACUUUGGACA